UCCGUGGCGAUCUCGCAAACGAGGAAGUGUGGAGACCAUACACUAGAGAUGAAUGUUUAUUAACAAUAUAUGUUUACGUUCCUGAUUAACAAAGCUUUGUUACGGUGUAGCCUAUUGUAUUUUCAUAAAAUUAUGCGCGCACACAACUAUUUUGGGCAGGUUAAACAUUACAACCAAGUGUUGCUCUGUUUGACGAGGCAGUGACAUAGUACAACUCACCAAACAACUUGAGAGGUUAUGAAGACAUUCAAGUUCCCAGCUCGACACGGCUAUGCAGUGGAGAUAUCACCGUUUAUUCCAACACGGUUGGCGUGUGCGACAUCCCAGUAUUAUGGGAUUGCAGGAUGUGGGACACUGCUUGUGCUGGAGCAGACCGAGACCGGGAUCUCUCUUGUGAAAAGUUUUGACUGGAAUGAUGGUCUGUUUGACGUGACGUGGAGUGAGAGUAAUGAGCAUAUCCUGUUGACGGGAGGAGGAGACGGGUCUCUGCAGGUCUGGGACACAGCCAACCCCCAGCCCGGGCCACUGCAGGUGCUCAAAGAGCACACACAAGAGGUCUAUUCUGUAGACUGGAGUCAGACCCGGGAGGAGAACCUGGUGGUGUCAGGCUCAUGGGACCGCACAGCCAAAGUGUGGGAUCUCAGCCGUGGCGGCCAGUCGCUCUGCACCCUUCAGGGUCAUGAAGGGGUCAUCUACAGCACACUGUGGUCUCCUCACAUCCCAGGGUGCUUUGCUUCAGCAUCAGGGGACGGGACACUGAGAGUGUGGGAUGUGAAGACAGGGAGGUGCAGGCUGGCCAUCCCAGCCCACAAGGCAGAGAUCCUCAGCUGUGACUGGUGCAAAUACGAUCAGAAUGUGAUAGUAACCGGAGCAGUGGACUGUAGCCUGUGUGUGUGGGACUUACGGAAUGUCCGGCAGCCUCUGUCACGCCUACGAGGCCAUUCCUACGCCAUACGAAGAGUAAAGUUCUCUCCAUUCAACCAGACCGUGUUGGCCUCCUGUUCCUAUGACUUCACAGUCAGGCUCUGGGACUACUCCAGGACCGAGCAGCCGCUGCUGGAGACCCUGGAGCACCACUCAGAGUUUGUCUGUGGCCUGGAUUUCAAUCUGCAAAUCCCCAACCAGGUGGUGGACUGCUCCUGGGAUGAGACGGUGAAAAUCUACACACCUCUAUGCCUGGCUGCCCCUCCGCCUAGCGCACGGUAGAGAGCUCAUAAUUGCCCUGCCGCAAGGAACAGGAGAGAGGACUCUUAGGACGGCAGUGGGUUGCAAUCAUGGCCGUGGCGUUUGCCAAAGCUUCACUGCGGCUUUCAUAAUGAUUCUACUAAAAGGGGUGCUGUGGGAACGCGUCAUCCUAGCCCGCACACACAACAGAGUCUGAAUACAGAUGGGGAAGGGGGAUUCCUCCCCGUCUGAGAGAGAGAGUUUUAUAUGAAGGUUGCUCAACUCAAACACGUGCCAACAAAAUGCCUGAUGAUCUGCUGUUUGUCCUUAUUGUCGGUAGAAUUUAUGGUCAUAUUGGUGUAUUUAGUGAUAGUGUACUGAUUUAGUGAGGGGUUGAAAUGCAUUUGAUUAUUUACUUAAUUUCUCUGCGUCCUCGACCGAGGAGAAACAAACCUGGCCAUAUACCUCGACACACAGGCUUGAACUCUAUCCAUGAUCUUGUCAGACUUUCCAUUGCAUUAAAAUGUUCAUUCUACGGUUAUGAAAGUAAACGUCAUGAAUGCCCUGGUGGGAGAGGUGAGGGGAGAGAGCCCUAAUUUAGCCCUCAUCAAUCCCAGCUUUAUGCUGCUUUAUGCAUAUGAGUUGGGCUGCCGAUUGGUGCAGCGUUCUAAGGCACUGCGUCUCAGUGCUAGAGGUGUCACUACAGACCCUGGUUCGAUUCCAGGCUGUAUCACAGCUGGCCGUGAUUGGGAGACCAAUAGAUUUAGAGUUUGGUCUUCAUUGUAAAUAAUCAUUUGUUCUUAACUGACUUACCUAGUGAAAUAAAGGUUAAAUAAAAAAUAAAAGCUGUUGAGGCCUGAACCAAAUGUUCUCUGGAGACUGUUUUUUUCUUCUUCUCCUUCU